UCUAAGUUUCUGAGUUUUCCUUUUUCCUUCUGUUUAUGCUGGUUCUGUCACACAUACCAGGCGUGUUGAAGAUAAGGGCGCAGAAGUUUGAUACGGCGUGAAAACCGUUCUCGGAAACUAAAGAAAAAUGGGCAGUGAGAGUGGAGUCCCAAUUUUAGAUUUUCGUAAGAGCACUGAAAUUACUUUAGAAGAAGGAGGUCAAGGAUGGAAAGAAAUGAGUAAGAAAGUGAGAGUAGCACUUGAGAGUCAUGGUAUGUUUCUCUUAAGGUGUGAUGAAAUACCGAAAGAAUUACAAAAUAAAAUGUUCACCGACAUUAAAUCUUUGUUUGAUCUACCUGAGGAGACAAAGACGAAGUCCAUUGGCAAAAGAGCUUAUAGGGGUUAUUCGUCCAAGAACCCUACCCUUCCUAAUAGUCAAACAUUCGGUAUUGAUGAUACUUUUGAUCCAAAUGAGGCUCGAAGCUUCACUAACCUCAUGUGGCCUGAAGGAAAUCCGAAUUUCUGCUCACAAGCACGGGAACUAAGCUCAUGUAUCCUAAAGAUGAUUAUGGAGGGCUUUGGUCUUCUAGAAAAUUACAUUUCUGAAAUUAAAGAGUUGUGUAGAGGUAAUGAUACACGGCUGACAAAGUAUCCACUUCCUAAAGAAACAAAUGAUUCUGUGAUUACUUUUGUGCCUCACACCGACAAAUCAAAUCUUACCAUUAUAAGCCAGAAUGAAGUCCAAGGUCUUCAGCUCCUACAAAAAUCGGGUAAUUGGGUUAACUUAAAUGUUCCUCCAAAUGGUUUUGCUGUAAUGGUUGGUGACAUAUUACAGGCAUGGAGUAAUGGAAGAUUUAAAGCACCAAUACAUAGAGUGGCAAUAAGAGGAAACAAAGACAGAUAUGUAUUUAUUCUUUUUUCAUUUCCAAGGGAAGAAACAUUCAUUAAGGUGCCCUCUGAGUUAGUAGAUGAAGAUCAUCCUCUCCGUUACAAGACAUUCACGUAUGAAGACUUCAUCAAUUUUAUUAAAACUGUUGGCACUAAAUUGGGAGCACUUGAUGACUUUGCUGGAAUUUGAUAUCUCAUUAUGAGAUAUCGGCAAUACUCCUUUUCAGUUCUAUAGUUUGCCUAGGACUGCAUAGGUCUGUGCUUGUAUAAUUAUAAUUUAAUCUUGGUGCAGUUUGUAUGUGGAGUUGUUUCUGUUGUAA